CCCCCCUUCUCCUUCUACAUCUCACACCUUUCCUAUUUCUUUUCUCUAUUUGCUCUUCAUGCCUUCUCUCAGCGUUUCUGCAGACAAUUCUGAAAUCUCCCCUUCUGUUAAUGUCCGACACUUGUAUUGUGUGCUUAGGAGACCUUGGCGAAAGCGCCAGCGAUCCUCUUGCCGUCGCCGCCGAGGCCGCGCCAAGACUUGACUUCGAGGCAGAGAGCGAGUCGGCGGACAUUGCCCUCAAGGUAGAUAAUGUCGACAGCAAUGAGGAUCCUGGUCAAAUCGCCCAGUUGCUGCCUUGUGGUCACAUUCUGCAUAACAACUGUCUCAAACCAUGGGUGGAACGGGCCAACAGCUGUCCGAUCUGCCGGCGGAGUUUCAAUGUAGUCGAACUCAGUGAUCGCCCCGGCGGUCCCGUGAUUUCGUCUUAUGCUGUCGAGGACCGAACCCAAGUUGCCGAUGUUGAUCCUUCGAUGGUUAUCGAGUACAUCGAUGACGACUUCAUCGAUUUCCAGCCUUGUCCAGUCUGCGGUGACCAGGACAAUGAAGAGCUUCUUCUUCUCUGCGAUGGCUGUGAUGUACCCUCACAUACAUACUGUGUUGGCCUCGAUGAUGUGCCUAGUGGGCCCUGGUACUGUGCACGGUGUGAAAACCAACGCCUUCUCGGACGCUCCCCUGAGGCGAGUGACCGGGUUUCCCGCCCGCAGGACCGACGAAACCGCCGCACCAGAGCACAGCAGCGGAGGUUACAGAGCAGAAAUCAAAUAAACUCUCUCCACUGGGCGCAAGUGUGGCAGUCUGUUUGGGAUCACCUGAACAUUGACCUAGAUUUCCCCUUCGAUGAUGAUAGGGCUUUGGAGCGUGCUCGUCAGCAGCAACGACGGGAAGAGGCCAAUCAGCGUGAGUUCCGCGCAUGGCAGCGUCGUUUUGAAGUUGCUGAACGACAGGGUGGCAGCAACCGUUUUCGGGAUACUGCGGCCUUGCUCGAUAUCGAGGCCUCGUGGCCAUCGCGGCCGCGCGUACCCCGCGAGCCCACCCCGGAGCCCGAAUCGCUUGAAGAAAUGAGAGCCUGGAAUGCAUUUGAGCGGGCUCGAGAAAUUGAGAACGACCCUAGUGCAGCAAGAAAACGCAAAGAGCCUACGAUGUCCCCGUCCCCAGAGCCCAGCGAGCCUGCACGCAAGCUCAAACGUCCCCGGACCCGCAGAGCCGAGGACUUGGCUGCUCUCGCUACACAGAACGGGGAGUCAUCACGGGCUGCAAGUGCACAGGCCACUGCUCGGAUCAAUGCUGAUCCCCCUAAUGAACCGAGCUUCCUACAAUCGCUGUUGAAAGAGGUGGAGUCGUCCUCGAAUCCCAACGGCGUUAACUCGCAUGGUCCCUCAGCUCAAUCCUCCAUCGCCCCGACUGAUCACUAUACUCCCGGUCUAUCCUCACCUUCUAUCUCGCCUUCACCUUCUAAUCACUCAUCCCCUCGAAUGUCCUCUGCGACACCACCACCCCAUGCCAGAAGUAGGCCGAUAUCUCCCUUGCAGCUCGGGUCGCCUUCAGAAUUAUCCUCCCCACCUUUCUCACCGGACGUGUCUCCGAGUGCUUCGAGUAAAGACCGUCAUGAAGAUCGGUCACCACGGCCCACCCCUCGCUUGAACCGCCGGAUUCCGCGGGCUGCAGCUCGAUCGGCAGCCCUUCGAUCGCUCCAUACCUCGCCCACUCGCUCUGGUCCGUCAUCCUCUGUCAAGUCGGCUGUCCAGAAGCUUGUGGGGACCGAACUGAAACCCUACUACCGCUCAAAGCUUGUUUCCAAGGAUGAGUAUACAGAUAUCAACCGAAAUAUAUCUCGGAUGCUAUACGAACGAGUGGGUGACGUUGAGACCCUCGAGGCCGAUGCCAGACUUUCGCUGGAAGGAGUGGCCAAAGAUGAGGUGGGCAAAGCCAUAGAUACGUUGAGGCAGCGCAAAGACGCUGCCAAUGGCCAUGUUGUUGAAGCCAGUUCUUGAGAUCUAUAUAGCGAGCGAAUAUGCAUACACCGGCGUAUUGUAGCAAUUCCAGGGAAUUUGGAGGACAAGCCAUCCCGGCGUUUGUUGCAAAGGCACUACUGUAUUCGUGGGCGGGGAUCUGUACGUAAUCAUCCUUUGGGCAUCCCGUCUAUUUCUUGUGGCCGGUGUUAGGCUUGUCUGGGUCACUUUUAUAAUGGCAUACUAGUUUGCAGCGAUUAUAUAGCCUCGAGUUGAUUCAAAUAUUUUCCGCAUCCUGGC